ACUGGCCAAAACACGGCAGGCCUUCGUCUUCCCCUAAAUCACGCACUUUCCCAUUUCCUUUCCUUUUUUGCUCAGAUGUGCGGCCGCUCUCACUCGUGGCAGAUCAAGGAGCUGAAGGCGAAGCUCGGGGACGACGUCGGCGCCGCGGCGAGCUUCUCGACGGCGAAGGAGCACCAGGCGGCGUCCGGCGUCGAGCCCGCGGCCGCGGCGGCGCAGGGCUCGUCCGAGAGCGACUCCAGCGAGGUGCUGCGGUGCCCGUCCUCGAUCUUGGCUUGGUGCUCUUCCAUAUCCCCUCCCUCCAUAGACCACUCCGGCGAAUCCUCCGACAACUCACUGCGGACCUCGAUGUCACCGUGCCGUGCGCUCCGAUGGCCGCCUCCGGUCUAUCCCGCUGCCAUAUCCACGAGGCAGAGCAGCUGCGCUCCUCUCCCGGCUCCGGCCACCAGCGCCGGCCCUGCAGCGCUGCCGUCCUCUUCACUGCGGCCAUAUGUUUGUCUGAUUCGUUGUGCCAGGCGGGGAAGGAGCAGGUUUUGGAAGGGGAAAAGCAUGCGGCUGGUCUGGGAUACUGACACUCUAAUGGACAGGUUUUCAACUAACCGUUGCAUCUGAAGUUUUGAAUUCUGACACAACUUAGGCAGUCUUGAACAACACUUGCUUACUCUUCUGGUACCAAGAACAUGGUUUUGAUUUUGGAGUGGAACACUUGGUUAAUGAAAACAAGUAAAUCUAUGGCAGUUGCUAUCCAGGAUCAUAGAACUUGACAGGGUAAACCUAAGUAAGCACACUCCUAAACUUUUCUUGGCAUUCUGUAAUGCUUGUCAUGGUUUAAGAUCUUAUCAGUACACUAUUGGAAUUUUCAUCUCAGUUCAUAUUCAACCUAUGUCAUAUUCGAAUUUCAUCUCAGUUCAUAUUCAACAUAUACCGAAACUUGAAAAGUAGUACAUCUCAUCUAAUUGCUAUUUGGUGCACAGUGAAGAGGGCAUAACCCCCCGACUAUUUAAUACCAAAGAAUUCUUUGCAGGAUUUUAUUGGUUUUCUACAUAUUACAUUGGCAAAGUCUGAUAUUCAAAUGACAGAUGUCUCGAUUGAGCAAAGUAGUUUGCUCCUUGAUGGUAUGAAUUUUUCUGGUUUAUUUCAUCAUCAAAUUAGUCCUACAGGCUACAGGGAUCAGGGGCACCAAUGAUAUGUACUGAACAUAUGUGACAGUAGAUUUCAUAUAUAUGGUUUGAACAUAUGUGACAGUAUUGUUACCUUUUGACAGCUGGCAAAUUGGUAGCAAGCGUGGAGGAUGGGUGAUUUGACAGUUGUACUUCCGGCGAACAGCAAUUUCGAGGACGGAGGGUGAAAUCGAUUUUGAGCACACGGGGGGGGGGGGAAUCGUGUCGAGUAGUCAGAACUUGUGGUGGUGCUUAUGUGUGGCUUAUUCUGUAUGUUUAUAUAGGAGAACCUGAAGAACGAUGUGCUCCUGGUCGAACUUGGUCAGCUGUGUUCGAUCAGGAGACGGUAAGUUUUUUAUAUGGUGGACACGGUCAGCUAUGUAUUAUGGGCCUUCAUAUUUAACCUGAAGAAAGAUGUGCUCCUGGUCGAA